AUGUCGACCAUUGUGGGGUUCAAGACGACCCCCUACCCGCUCGACGCUCUAGGCGCCUCUGCCUCUGACCUCCUCUCGGCGCCGCUACCGCCCUACCCGUCCUACCCUUCCUUUUCGCGCCUCAUCUCGCGCGACUUCUACACGUCGUCGCUCGACCCAGUCUGGCCGCUCGGCUUCUCGCUGGCCUACUACCUCGUCUCGCACGCCGCCAACCGCCUCGUCGUCCGCAACGGCGGCCGCGACCUCUCCAAGGGCCCCUCCCCGCUCGCCGCCGCGCUCCGCCUCCUGAUCCCCAUCCACAAUGCCGUCCUCGCAGCCUACAGCGCCUGGACCUUCGCCAUGAUGGCCCCGCUCGUCGUCGACUUCUUCGUCCAGGGCUGGCGCGGCGCGCGCUUCGAGGGCGUCAAACUCGCCCUCUGCUCCAUGCCCACCAACCACCCCGACCUCGGCAGGUACGCCUACCUCUUCUACCUCAGCAAGUACUACGAGGUCGUCGACUCGCUCAUCCUCCUCCUCAAGGGCAAAAAGAUCUCGAACCUGCAAUCCUACCACCACGCCGGUGCCAUCAUCUGCAUGUGGAUCGCCUACCGCUACCAGAGCCAGCCGGUCUGGGUCUUCUGCGUCUUCAACAGCUUCGUGCACACGUUGAUGUACACCUACUACUUCUGCUCGGCCAUGCACUGGCCCUUCCCCAAGACGCUCAAGCGCAACCUCACCACGCUCCAGAUUGCCCAGAUCGCGUCGGGCACGCUCCUCACCAACCUCUACCUCGUCACCGUCCUCGACCCGUCGCUCGUCGCCCGCGGCCUCCUCGACCGCGGCGUCCGCUCGUCGUUGCCCGCCGUCGCCGCCAGCUCGCGCGCACCGUCGCGCAACCUCGUCGACUACGCGCUCGCACGCACCGACACCAGCGACCCCUCGAGCUGUCUCCAGACGACGGGGGCAGAGAUCGCCCUCAACGUCAACACGGCCUACAUGUUUCCGCUGCUCGCCCUCUUCUUCCGCUUCUUCAUGCGGUCCUAUCUCGACCGCUCGGCAAAGGGCAAGAGGGCGGCCAGUGCCAAGCAAGCUGCCAACGGCGCUGCCACCUCCGCCGCUGCUGCGACCACGUCCAACGGCCACGCUUCGGCGGACCUCCGGAAGCGGCAAUAG